CCCCCCCAGCAGAGGGGCGGUGGCCGUGCUGGCUACUCCGAGCGCAUUGACGGACAGAGGGACAGAGAGACAGGGGUAUCGGCAGGCACACGUCCAGGCCAUGCCCGGGGAGGCUGCGGGCGCUGAGCUGCCGCUGCCUGAGGCAGGAGGGUCUGGAUCCCGCACAGAUCUCCCAUGUGAUGCAGCUAUUGCAACCAUCCUGAAAGGGGACCAACGGGAGCCCCAUGGCCUGACCCCAGGGCCUAGCCCUCUGGCGCUUACAUUCCUGUCCAGCAAGCCAGGUGCCCGGCCCCAGCCUGAGGGGGCCAGCUGGGAUGCAGGGCCCAGUGGGGCUGCCUCAACCUGGGUGGACCCGGCAGAGGGCAGCCCGAGCCUAGUGGUCCUCCCUGAGGGCCUGCCUCUCCAGCCUGUGCCUGCCGAUGUCCCUCUCCCCACCACCCUGGAGCCCCGCAUCGUGAUGGGUGAGGAAACAUGCCAGGUCCUCCCUUCACCCAGGGCAGCCUGGCCAGUGCUCAGGGACCGGGAGGGUGGGCACACUGCCCUGCACCCACCUCCGGAGCUGUGUUCUCAGGGUGAUCCUCCUGUGCCUUCCCCUCCCCCUGAUCUCGAUUCUUACUUCACACCCCCCUCUACUCCCACCAAGACCACCUAUGCCCUGCUUCCUGAUCAUGGGCCCCACAGGGGUGCCUGGGGUCUGGAGGCCGAGCUGCUGGAUGAGUUACUGGACUCAACACCAGCCUCACCCUCCGGCUCCUACAUUACGGCAGAUGGGGACAGCUGGGCUUCAUCGCCUUCCUGUUCCCUCAGUCUGCUGGCCCCCGCCGAAGGGCUGGACUUCCCCUCCGAGUGGGGCCUCUCCCCAUCAGGGUCAGUGGUAGAUGAACUAGAGCCCCACCCCACAUCACCUCCUGAGCCACCAUCCUCUGAGUCCAGCCUCUCAGCAGACAGCAGCUCUUCCUGGAGCCAAGAGGGCCAUUUCUUUGACCCAAACUGCCUGGCCAACGACCCGAUGAUCCCUGCCGCCCUCCUGCCCUUCCGGGGUAGCCUCAUCUUCCAGGUGGAGGCUGUGGAGGUGACACCAUUGCCCCAAGAGGAGGAGGAGGAGGAUGAAGAGGAGGGAGCUGCUGCUGCUGCUGCUGCUGCUGCAACCCCGGAUGGAGACCUGGCUGGAGAGGGUGAGGACGACAGCACAUCUGCCUCCUUCCUGCAGUCGCUGUCCGACCUGUCCAUCAUCGAGGGCAUGGAUGAGGCCUUCGCCUUCCGGGACGAUACCUCGGCGGCCUCCUCUGACUCAGACUCAGCUUCCUACGCAGGGGCAGACGAUGACAGGCUGUACAGUGGGGAGCCCCAUGCCCAGCCCAGUGUUCAGAAUACAGAGCAGGAGUACAGGAGCAGGACCGCAUUUCCAGGGGCAGCAGAGUUCACACCUCAGACAUCAGAGCAAGAGAUCUGCCUAACCGAUAGCCAGGAGUUGGCUGCAGAAAUAGCAGAAGAGAUUCUAACUUUAGGCAUAGAGUCCGAAGCUACUAGGACGCCUCCUGAUCGGCAAACAGCUCCAGACCCCCAGGUGGAGGAAGCUACCACAGUGACCCCAUGGGUGGAGAACAAAGAUGACUCGGUUGCUGAACAAGCAUCCAAGGCUCUUCCUGAGCCCUGCCAGAAGGGGAUAAGCAUGAUCUUAGGCUGUAAACCCCUCACUGCAGAGGCAAUUCCAGAUCUGCAGGAAGGAGCAGGCCCCGCCAUGUGUCCAGUCCUUCCUGAGAACUUGAAGGAAGGAGGCCAGGGCCUUCCCUCCACAAUGGAGUAUGUGACUGUGGCUUCAGUGGGGCCCUGGAAGGCUGAGGGAGGUGUAGCAAUACCGCAGGACCCCCUUAUGACAUUACCCCUACUCUUGCAAAAUACAGAUCCCACCUCGGGCCCCGAGUCUGUGGCUGUAGUCAUGCUAGAGCCCCAGCAAGAUGAGGGAUGUGUCACAGUACUCCAGGAUGUCCCUGUGCUAUCACUUCCACCCCUACAAAGUACGGAUCCAACCCCAGGUCCUGAGGCUGGGGCCGUGGCUACAUUUGAGUUCCAGCAGGCUAAGGAAGGUGUCCCAGAGCUCCAGGAUACCCCUGUGGCAUCAUCCCCAGCCCUGCAAGCCUCAGACCCCACCUCAGAGCCAGAACCUGAGGCUGUGCUCACGCUGAGGUCCCAGCAGGAUGAAGAGAUUGUCACAGUACCCCAGGAGUCUCCUACAGCAUCAUCUGUACCCCUGCAAGCCUCAGACCCCACCUCAGAGCCAGAACCUGAGGGUGCCACACUGAGGUCCCAGCAGGAUGAAGAGAUUGUCACAGUACCCCAGGAGUCUCCUACAGCAUCAUCUGUACCCCUGCAAAGCUCAGACCCCACCUCAGAGCCAGAACCUGAAGCUGUGCCCACACUGAGGUCCCAGCAGGAUGAAGAGAUUGUCACAGUACCCCAGGAGUCUCCUACAGCAUCAUCUGUACCCCUGCAAAGCUCAGACCCCACCUCAGAGCCAGAACCUGAGGCUGUGCUCACACUGAGGUCCCAGCAGGAUGAAGAGAUUGUCACAGUACCCCAGGAGUCUCCUACAGCAUCACCUGUACCCCUGCAAAGCUCAGACCCCACCUCAGAGCCAGAACCUGAGGUUGCUGCCACACCGAGGUCCCAGCAGGAUGAAGAGAUUGUCACAGUACCCCAGGAGUCUCCUACAGCAUCACCUGUACCUCUGCAAAGCUCAGACCCCACCUCAGAGCCAGAACCUGAGGUUGCUGCCACACUGAGGUCCCAGCAGGAUGAAGAGAUUGUCACAGUACCCCAGGAGUCUCCUACAGCAUCAUCUGUACCCCUGCAAAGCUCAGACCCCACCUCAGAGCCAGAACCUGAGGUUGCUGCCACACGGAGGUCCCAGCAGGAUGAAGAGAUUGUCACAGUACCCCAGGAGUCUCCUACAGCAUCAUCUGUACCCCUGCAAAGCUCAGACCCCACCUCAGAGCCAGAACCUGAGGUUGCUGCCACACUGGAACCACAGCAGCCUGAGGAGGGCGUCACCAGACCCCAGGUUGCCCCAGUAGCAUUACCUUCACCACUGCAAGGCUUAGAUUCAACCUCAGACCUAGAAUCUGUGGUUGCAGGCACAAUGGAGUCCCGGCAGGAUGAAGGGAUUGCCACAGCAACCCAGGACAUGCCUGUGGUGGCACCCCCACCCCUUGGAGGUAUAGAGUCCACCUCAGACCCAGAGCUGAGUGCUCAAGACACCCCUCAGGCCCUGCAGAGAGAAGCAGGCUACACCCCGGGAACCAAGCCUUCUGUCUCUGAGGCCCAUCAGGAAUUAGGUGUGGCCUUAGGACCCAGGCCAGUGCCUAAGAAACAGGAUGCAAAGCCUCCACACUCUGAGCUCCCAGCUUCAGACCAAGCCCAACAGAAUGGCUCAGAGCCAGUUGUAAAGAAUGACAACCUUGGGGCUCCAGGAGACGAGUCAGGUCCCACUUUGAGCACAAAGACCCCUGAGCCCCUAUCCUGUAUGGGGGAGAAAGUAACUGAGAACCUAGCUGCACCCAAGCCAGGAGCACGUCUUGAAGCCCACGAUGGGGCCAAGACACACUCACCUCAAAGACAGGCCUCGAGGGCCAAGAACAAGUGUGGGAGAGGCCCCAAACCACCAGGGCAGGGAAAGGGGUCCAAGUCAACAGCAUCGCAGGGCACCACGGAGGCCUUCAAGGCGCAUCCUGCUGCAUGCUCUGAGACCAGCCAGCCACAGCUGAUGAACUCCGCUGGGGAGGGAACAAGCCUGAGUGUCAAGGACUCCUCAGGCCCCAGGCUUCCUGUGGCUGUAUCUGUACAAUCCAAGCUUGGUUCCUGCCCAGGGUCCCCAGCAAGAGCCACAUGCACACUGAGCAGGGUCUACUCUGAAGAGACUGCCAGGUGUGCACCACCCUUUCAGCACCCGGAGCCUGUGCUAGGCCUAGGCAGCAGAGAACAGCCCAAGGUGACCCUUGGUACCCUUAAUCUCUCCUCAGAAAACUCUGCAGGUGACCUGCUCACCACACCUCAGAAUAGGCUUCUGGACCCUGACCCUGACCCUGACCCUUCUGCUCCCAGUGCCCUCGACAGGGCAUUCCAAUCAUCCCCAGGGCCCCCAGACCCUUGCCUGUGCCCCACUUCCCAGAAAGCCCCUGUGGAAGAGGAGAAGCCCUCAGCCUCUCGUGGUCUGAGGUCUCGGGCAGGAGCCCAGGGAGCUGCUGCCAUUACCACCUCAGGAUCCACAAAGCCUCUGGGAGCCCGGCAGCGUGUCAGCCUCUCGCCUCACUCCGCCAAUCCCAAGGUGACCCCCACAGAUGCCAAAGACCCGGCUUGCAUCAUCUCAAGCCCCUGCCAAGUGCCUCCUCCCUCUGGGACCCAAAACCCAUCGGGCCCUCGAGGGUUCCCAGCUCAUGAACAAGAGGAUGAGGACAGCCUGGAGGAAGACUCGCAGAGGGCCCCAGGCUCCGGCCAGCAUUCGGAGAGCCACGGGGAGUCGUCGGGUGAGCUGGAUGAGCAGGAUAUCUCACCUCAGAAAUCGAAGUGCCCGGCACAGGACCCAGCUGGCAGCAAUGAGGAGACCACUGCCAAAGCCAAGCAAAGCCGCAGCGAGAAGAAGGCUCGAAAGGCAAUGUCGAAACUGGGCUUACGGCAGAUUCAGGGAGUCACCAGGAUCACCAUCCAGAAGUCAAAGAACAUCUUGUUUGUGAUUGCCAAGCCAGACGUCUUCAAGAGCCCCGCCUCAGACACCUAUGUGGUCUUUGGUGAGGCCAAGAUUGAGGACCUGUCCCAGCAAGUACACAAAGCAGCAGCGGAGAAGUUCAAGGUGCCCUCAGAGUCCUCAGCCCUGGUCCCUGAGCUGGCCCCUGGGCCCCGGGUGAGGCCAGAGUGUGAGGAGCAAGAGGAGGAAGACGAGGAGGUAGAGGAGGCCGGACUAGAACCUCGUGACAUUGAACUGGUGAUGGCCCAGGCCAAUGUGUCCAGGGCAAAGGCUGUGCGGGCCCUGAAGGACAACCACAGUGACAUUGUCAAUGCCAUCAUGGAACUGACAAUGUAGCUGCUGACCGGAAGCGGGGGCCGGUCUGCCUCUCCUCAGCUCUGCAGCCCAAUAAAUCGGUGUCACAUGAUCA